AUGAGUCCUUCAACGCCUACGACGGACCUGAACAAGACCAACUGGAUCGUUGAAGUCACUGAAGACGUCGAGCACAUGCGCUCUAACUUCGACGAUGAGCGGCACUGGAAGAAGCACUCAAUAUACAGGGUUCCCGAUUGCGUGGCUAAGCUCAACCGCGAGGCCUACAGGCCAGAGGCUGUCUCCUUUGGUCCCUACCACCAUGGCGAGGACCACCUCCUUCCCAUGGAGAACCACAAGCACCGCGCGCUCCUCCACUUCCUUAGGCGGUCCGGAAAGCCCGAUAGUUACCACUUGCUGGACCCGUGGUGGAAGGAGGGUGAUGGUGAAGGCGCGGGCCCUUUCCUGAAGUUGAUGAUCACCGAUGGCUGCUUCAUGCUUGAGAUCCUAAGGACCAAGAUACGGCUUCGGGGGAAUACGCAUCCAACGACCCCAUUUUCGGUAACCUCGGGGUUAUACAUUAGACCAUACAUUAUGCGAGACAUGUUGAUGCUAGAGAAUCAGCUGCCGAUGCUUGUGCUGGAUCGGCUGGUUGCGGUCGAGAGUGACGGCAUGCAGGCUCAUCCUCGAGUUUUUCUUCUCCCUUGCACGCCCAAUGAGAAGAUGGGCAAAUGCCUGCACGUCUUGGACGUCUACAGGAAGAGACUCCUGCUCCCUGGGAACCCGGACGAGGUGGGGCCUGAGGAUGGGGAGAGAACAAUCCAGUCAGCGACCGAGCUAGAGGAGGCCGGGAUCCGGUUGGAGAAGAGCAGGACUGACAGCUUCAAGGACAUCUCCUUUGCUGGCGGGGUCCUGAGGCUCCCUCCUAUCAUGGUGAACGACACCACCGAGUCCAAGUUCCUCAACCUCAUGACAUUCGAGCGCUUUCAUGACGGGGCCGGGAACGAGGUCACGGCCUACAUGUACUUCAUGGAUGACAUCAUUGACACCGAGCGGGAUGUCACAUUGCUCAACGCCCGUGGCAUCAUCCAAAAUGAUUUUGGGAGCGACAAGGCGGUCGCUGAGCUAUUCAACUCCUUGAACAAGGACAUGGCGUUAGAUGAAAACAACAGCCUCGAGGCCUUGCGAAAUAAGGUCAGUAAGUACUGCAAAAAGCCCUGGAACAAGUGGAGGGCUAAUCUCAUCAAGACCUACUUCAGGAGUCCUUGGUCUAUAUUGUCUCUCCUUUGCGCCAUCUUCCUCUUCACCCUCACCAUAAUUCAGACCAUAUAUACCGUUUCUCCUGCUGGCUGA